GGCGGCAAACCGGUUGCCCUCGCCGACGACCCACGCGCCGUUUCGUAGUCGGCGGUGGUGUGUGCGUGUGCGUGUGCGUGCGUGCGUCGAGCGCGCGCGCGCUGUACGCCUCCGCAAGCAGUCGUCGGCGGAAGCCGAGGGGCGCGUACAGCAGUCGGCAGCCGCCUUUUCUGCUGCGCGCCCGCGCCCCGACCACGACGAAGACGACAACGACGAGCAUCGCGGCGAGCCGAGCACCUGUUCCCGCCGCGGCCAGCCGAUAGAGCGUGCGUAGGCUACACUCGAGAGUCGCACGUCACCCGCGCGUCACGCACACUCCCGAAAUCUGCGGGGUUCCAGCCUCCGGUGCUAGACUCUCCGUGGUCCCGUACCUGUGGGAUUCUGGAACCCGGACCGCCGGUUCGCUCGUCAUACCAGCGGCAUCUGAAUCGGCUUUUGGCGUCGAUAGCAACCCGGUGUACACACACACCCGCGUCACUUUUAAACUCCCCGGGACUCCUGCAAACCACCGCCGCCGCAGUGCAUCUUUCCUGUGGUCUCCCGGAAAACGUUGCCCUGCGGUUCAGCUGCAGAAGCACCUGUCGCCGAAGGGGUGGCGGAAUUGUGCGUGCUCGUGCUCACUCGUUUUGCUCUGUGGACCACCCACCGCUUUUACGCGCAAGCGUGCGUGGUGGAGUGACGUGUGACUGACGACCGAGGAUCUGGUUCUUCUUUCCCGGAUUGAUUACCCAACGGUACUCGGCGAAGAAGGGGAGGAAGCUCCACUUGUACCAGCGACGAACAGCUGCCCGGAGGCGACGCAUGAGGCCAGACCCUGCCUCGUAGACCGAGCUAGAGGCAGCUUCGACCAGCAGGGGGAGCCACGAGCGUCGCACAGCUCCGUCGCCAGAGGGGGCGACGAUGCCUUCGGACGGCAGCAGCGCCGGCAGCGGCGUUCGCCGGGUCCGGUCGCCGGAGGCCGGAUCCGGAAACCGUGUCGUCACGCGCAGGUUCAUCUCCAGUCCCGCGCCGCUCGCCGACACCGACGUUAUUUCGAACACAAAGCGAGAGGAAUGGACCACGUCCAAGAAGGUGGUCAACCACAAGACCCGACAGACCGAGACGAGGGUGCAGCGUCAGCUCGUCCUGGAAAACGGCAAGGUGAUCGCCGACACGGGCCCUCAGAUAACGACCAGAACCACAGAGGACAACAAGGUCGAAGAGUCUGAAGACACGCAGCACAAGAAGACGGGCGACGAGGACGUUCCUGACGGCUACGUGCCCGUGCCGGGCUCCGAGCGCGUGGUGUGCGAGAAAACCGAGUCGCACCAGGUCACCAAGGAGACCAAGGAGGAGAACAUGAAGAUGCACGACGAGAACUUCAAGGAACUACGCGGACCGGAGGAGAUCCACCGAUUGGCCGUGAUGGUGCCGGACGAGUCCCCAUUGGUAGGAAUCCGGCCGGAUCGGUUCCCGGGCAAACUGACUCACUACAGCAGCCGGUCGAAGAAGGUCACAGACAAGGACGAAGUGAAGGAGAUCUCCGAGGAGCGCAACGGAGAGGUCACCAAGCAGACCACAAGGACGCAUCACCACGAGGAGAAGGACGACGACGAAGUCCCAGAAGAUGAAGCAGAAGGAAAAGACCUUCCAGCCGUCGAGAGAGAGACAAAACGAAACUUCGAAUACCUACACGAUGGAGCCGAAAUCAAGGUUCCUGACCGAAUGCGCAAGCAGAAAGACCUCCUGUACCUCCAGGCGACGUCUCCCGAACGACAUGACCCGGUCACGCGGCGGGCUUUGAGCCUCGAGGAAGAAGAGGAAAUACGAAACAGCGAGACGAACCGCUGGCUGGACAAUCACUUCGGCUCGGAAACUUCGGACGACGACGUCGUGAAGAGCAAGCACGGUGGUAACGUAAUCAACGUGAAGAUGACCGACACCAAGAGGACGCCAACGCCACCCGCCAAGCCACCCAGGGAGUCGCCGAACCUCAUCUACACGACACCGUACUUCAAGUCUCCCACACCGUCACCGACUCCACUGGAUUCGACACUCAGAAGCACCAAGUCACAGCAGAAGACGACAUCCUACCGCCGGGAAGAGAAGGUGGAUGACUCGAGGCAGUCUCGCGCCAGCCCGCGCUCGAACUGGAAGUCCAGUCCGUCCAUAUACCACGACGUCACGCGACACCUGGAUGAGUCACCGACGCGGUACACCAAGGUGAACCGCUCGUACAGGGAUCUCGAGAGUAGUUACAGGCCCGUGGAGAAAUCGACCAUUGUUGGAAACAGCGUUUUCACCAAGGAAGACAGAAGGCUCAACGAAAGCCGGCGAGUCACGAGGGAAUACGACAGAGAGGUUAAUAAAGAGCCGCCUCCUGAAAGGGCGAAGUCGCCCGAAUCGCGACCCAUCCAGAGGUCCCAAUCGACGAGGACGCCCGAGAAGCCAGUUGCUCAACCGCCUACCUACACCUACAGUCUUCCGCGAGGCCAAAGCACUCGCCGCGCAACGCGCGUGGACCAGACGUCCAAGACCAGCCGCGGUGUACAGGCCGACCUGGACGACGAGCCGUACACUCCUCCCAGCUCGCGCUACGUCGUGCACAGUGUGCGGGAGACUCAGAGCCUGCCCCGCCAUCAUCACCACCACCACCGACACCACCACCACCACUCUUCCUCGUCUCACCACCGCCACCGCAGCGAGGAGACCGAACACCACCGGCGAAGCGGCGACCGAAACCGCAGCCCCGAAUCCAACAUCUCGACGGCGUCGAGGCCUUCUAAGACCUUCUACUUCGGCGACAAGACCGACACCAGCUACCACAAUAGCCGCCAUAAGGACGGCUACUUCACCAUCGAGAAGGACCGCUACGUGCAGCCGCCCCGGCGGUUCAGGUCGGACCCGCGCGAGCGCUACUACUCAGUCGAGGACCUCACGACCACGACCCGGUCGUACGCCACAGCACCAACGUCUUCGGUCAAGAAGCCCAGCUUCAUCGACCGGCAGAGAUACUUCCCGGCGACUCCGCCAGCGAGCCCGCCGCCAAGGCUCAUAAAGAUCACCAACGGCCGCUCCACGUCACCAUCACCUCCCGAGUCACCAAGGCCGACGUCUACGAGCCACCUUCUGCCUCCUCCGUCACCCUACGCGUCGCUCAACCGCCGCUACCGCAGCCCAUCGCCGGUGGUGAACCCUCCUUCGUUCGCGCCCCUCCAGAGUCCGGUCGAGGUCAAGCGGCAGCAGUCUGCGAGCUCAUAUAGCCGAUCCUACCACCACAGGUCUGCCACGGCGGACUCGAGCGGCUCCAAGCCCGGCCCGAGUGUGAUCGAAGUCAGGAACUGGGACAGCCGAUGAAGCCUCGAUUUCUCCACGACGUCCUCGACACCCCGGGUGUUCACCUGAUGACGGAGUCGGAGCGUUUUUGAGUCCCGUUUUACGUGGGCUUGGCGUUGAGAAGGGCCUUCACGCAAGUUCGCCUUGAAAUUACCACACUUGUUGCAUCUAAAAUCCUUAGGGCCUCCUCACACAAGCUCGCCUGGAAAACGUUGGAAUAGAAUGGAACGAAGUUGGUGCGAGCUUUGUUCGUAAAGGUUAGCUUGUUAGAAACUAUAGCAGUCUUGCUGUAACUGGUCACCGAGAAAACGACGGGUUGUGUGAACAUCUCUUAACAAGUUAUGGUUUGUAGGCAAGUAUGCAUGCAGUCUAGUGAAGACGACUCCGAACCCAGGACUUGAUAGUUUCGUUUCUUGUUUUCUUUUUUUUUCUGUUUUUAGGUAUAGAGUAGGUUAUGGAACUAAGCCUAAAGUGAUGCUUUACAGGCAUCGCCAUUUCACUAGAGUGGUAUCCGCGACGCUUCCGCAAUGACGUGGCUUUCAAUCAUUCUUACGGGCAAAGCAGUCAAACAUUUCGCUAAAGGAGAAUGAGUGUAAUUGACACCUAAUGAACUGCCUCAAAUUUACCGAAAUGUAGAGGAGCGUGAAGGUGUUUCGAAAGUCGGCAGUUGCAGUUCGGCUAGGUCAGCGCAGAGGCUCCCAUUGUCUCCAGCUAAAGACUGAACUGGUGCAUUAUUUCUUUCCCUCUUGUGACAGUUCAACGUUGAAUAGAUUGCUUAAUAGACCGUUCGUAACCAUACCUCAUUUAACCAGAAUUUGAAAGCGUGCUCAAGAUUGGCACUAAAAGACCAAAUUAUUCGUAGUCAGAAACUGAGCAGUUAAAGAAAUACUAAUUAUAGAAAAAAAGUUACUUCACUUGAUGGAAACAAUUGCUAUAGCCAUUUCUCACUAAUGCGUUGCUGAGUGCGGAACGUAGACAACACACCACUCUCUCAUUGUUCCAUACCCAUGUGCUCAAGGACAAAAGAAAAGGGUUGUGCCAAGCAUUUGUAUUUUCACUGGCUAAGCUAUUGGUUUUCACCAGCAGUAAGUUACUCGUGAAGCCGAUAAUGAAAAGUCUGAAGUGCCAUUGACGACAGUUACUUCGUUACCGGGUAGAAAUAUCGCAGACUAUCAAGCUAAUUAACCUGAUUCUAGUUAUAACAUAUGAAUUUCUAUUGCUGUUUUUGUUGUUGUUUCCUAGAGCUUAUACUUACAUAGGUGCGUGUAUAGCACAGCCAAGAUCUGUUUUGGUUUCUUGGCAGCAGAUCGCGCAGUCGAUGAUCUUGCUUUAUAAUUGCGCCACUUGUUAGUGUACAUAAAUAAAAAGAAAUAACGGUUUGUACAACUAGAUGUGUGAAUGCUUCAGUCACAGCGUUACAGUGAUGAAACACGAUUUUACAAUAAAAACGCAGCUACAACUA